AUGACCACCAUACGUAAUGAGGUGACCACUUCGGGUCCGAGGGUCCUAAUAGACCCGCGACAAAGAGCAUAUUCUGAGCUAGUUACUGACGAAACACGAGUCGUCUGCGAGAUUGUGUUUGUUGUCAUCAUUCAAGGGUUUCUGGGUGUCUUUGGUUCCCUCACCAACAUCAUCAACAUCAUGGUGUUUAUAAAACAGGGCCUGAAGGAGACAGUGACCAUCAGUUUCCUGGCUUUAUGUCUGGCUGAUUUAGGUAACGUGCUGCCUCUUGUCUGGGCUAGUGUGUGUUCGAAUCCCUUGUUUGAUAUCAAGGAAAAAUCAGACAAUACGUUGUUCGUGCAUUUAACUUCAGGCGCUGUCUGUCACAAGUUUCUGCCGUACUUUGAUACCACUAGAAACUCAACAGUCUACAACGUCAUUAUAACUCAGAGCGCCGAGUGCGAUUUAUUUGUAAGUGGCAGGAUAAAUGUCGCUGCUAAAUUUAUCCUUUUUAUCCUGGACAUAAUGUUCACAAUUUUCAUGAUACACCGCCUUCUGGUGAAAUCAAAAUGGCGCAGCGAGACGUCUGCUGGGACAGCAAAAGAUGGAUCAGCUUUACGAGACUACAGACUAAUGAAAAUGCUGGCUUUUAUUUCCUUUAUUUACAUAUCGACCUCGAUCCCUGCCAUUGGCUACACGAUACUGUUUAUUUUUCUGGACUCUGUCAUAAAUCUUUCGAUGAUCUCCAGAAACUUCUACUCCGUCAUCCUGGGCGUCGUCGUGUCAUCUGAAGCUGUCUGUAGUUCCUUCAACGUUUUCCUCUUCUACUCCAUGAGCGCCAGGUUUAAGAAGGCAUUCUGGGAGAUUUUUUGA